AUGGAUGCGCCUGAACGUAAUGGAUCCAUCAUAACAACGGGGAUGCAAAACAACAUGAUUCUCAUUACCAAUUUUGGAAAUGAUGAUGAUGAUGAACAGAUUAUAGAUGAUAAUGGUGAACAGAUUAUAGAUGAUGAUGAGGAACAGAUUAUAGAUGAUAAUGAUGAGCAGAUCAUAGAUGAUGAUAAACAGAUUAUAGAUGAUGAUGAUGAUGAACAGAUUAUAGAUGAUAAUGGUGAACAGAUUAUAGAUGAUAAUGAGGAACAGAUUAUAGAUGAUAAUGAUGAGUGGAUUAUAGAUGAUAAUGAUGAACAGAAUAUAGAUGAUGAUGAUGAGUGGAUUAUAGAUGAUAAUGAUGAACAGAAUAUAGAUGAUGAUGAUGAUGAACAGAUAAUAGAUGAUAAUGGUGAACAGAUUAUAGAUGAUGAUGAGGAACAGAUUAUAGAUGAUAAUGAUCAACAGAUUAUAGAUGAUGAUGAUGAUGAUAUUAAAGAUGAUAAUGGUGAACAGAUUAUAGAUGAUGAUGGUGAACAGAUUAUAGAUGAUGAUGAUGAUAAACAGAUUAUAGAUGAUAAUGAUAAGCAGAUUAUAGAUGAUGAUGAUGAACAGAUUAAAGAUGAUAAUGAUUAUAGAUGA